CUCUAACAACUAUUUCCACCUUCUCUAAUUUCACUUCCAAAAACAACACUCAUCAUAAUCACUUUCUACCUAAAUUUCCACUAACUCACAAAUUUCCUUCCAUAUCUUUUCCCAAAUUCUUGUUUGUAAGAAUGGCUUCUGGUGAACAGAAAUUUCCACCACAAAAACAAGACACACAACCUGGAAAGGAACAUGUUAUGGAUCCAUUGCCUCAAUUCACUUGCCCUGAUUACAAGCCAUCAAACAAACUUCAAGGAAAGAUAGCUGUAAUAACAGGGGGUGACUCUGGAAUUGGACGAGCAGUAUGCAAUUUGUUUUCCUUAGAAGGUGCUACAGUUGCAUUCACAUAUGUAAAGGGUGAUGAAGACAAGGAUGCUAAGGACACACUUGAAAUGAUAAAGAAUGCAAAAACUGCAGAUGCUAAGGAUCCAAUGGCUUUAGCAGCUGACUUGGGUUUUGAUGAGAAUUGCAAGAGAGUUGUGGAUGAUGUUGUCAAUGCUUAUGGACAUAUUGACAUUCUUGUUAACAAUGCAGCUGAACAAUAUGAGUGUUCAUCAGUAGAGGAGAUUGAUGAGCCUAGGCUUGAGAGGGUGUUUAGAACAAAUAUCUUCUCAUAUUUCUUCAUGACCAGGCAUUCAUUGAAGCACAUGAAGGAAGGGAGCAGCAUUAUAAACACAACAUCAGUGAAUGCAUACAAAGGAAAUGCAAAACUACUAGACUAUACAUCUACCAAGGGUGCAAUUGUGGCAUUUACAAGGGGACUAUCACUUCAGCUUGUGAGCAAAGGAAUAAGGGUGAAUGGUGUGGCACCUGGACCCAUAUGGACACCAUUGAUACCAGCAUCUUUUAAGGAGGAAGAGACUGCUCAAUUUGGUGGUCAAGUUCCUAUGAACAGAGCUGGACAGCCUAUUGAGGUUGCUCCAUCUUAUGUCUUUCUUGCUUCCAACCAAUGUUCCUCUUAUUUUACAGGACAAGUCCUUCACCCCAAUGGUGGAACUGUUGUGAAUGGUUGAAGAUUUAGUGAUAUUUAUUAUAUGCAUGAACAAACAACAGUAGAAUAGUAGUGUAGUAUGGUACAAAAUGUGUACCUCUCUUAGCCCUAUGGACUGCUAGAGAUGGGGGAUUGGGAGGAAUAUGUGCUUUUAAUUUAAUGUAGAAAACUAAAUAAUAUGUACUUUAAAGAAACAAUGUAAUAUGGAGAACCAAAUUAUAUCUCACUUUCAGAAAAAAAUUAUAUCAAAUUAUAAAUCGUUUUACAUUA